CAAAGUACGGAAUUCAUAUUCUUUACAUGUAAAUAUGGUAAAAAGGGGAUAUAUAAUAAUCCAUAGAAAUUGAAUUUUUCAUGAAGCGUUAUUAUUUAGUGAACUGAAUUUUAUUAACCUUAUAAAAGCAGCCCCCACCGUCUUCCUCCUUCGCAGCUUCUUUCAUUCCUCUCUCCUGUUAGUUCACUCCACGAUUCCAAGCUUUUCUCCAAGAUUUCUUCCGGGUUUUCUGUUCCUCGAUCGAUUUCUUCAAUUGGGUUUCCAUUUUUUUUUUUUCUGAUUUCGAUCAGUCAUGGAUGUUCAAGAUGAGCUCGGAAGCGAUCACGCUCAUCACAUCAUCAAAGGGAAGCGCACGAAGCGGCAAAGAUCGUCCUCGACGGCGACCGCCGUCACUUCCAAGAACUCAUCGGCCACCGCCGCAGGAGGAGUCCCCGAAGAUUACAGCUCGGCGGUUUCCUCUACGACCAACACAACAACAAUCACCAGCUCCUCCUCCGCCGACUGUACGGAGGAAGAAGAAGCUACGGCCAUUUGCCUCAUCAUGCUCGCCUCCGGCGCCGGUCCUCCGCCGCAUGAGAAGCUCGAACGACCGGAAAAAACCCACAAGAACCCAUCGGAAAAGACCGAUCACCAUGAGAAUUCAAGAUUCUGCGUCUACGAGUGUAAAACCUGCAACAGGACGUUUCCGUCGUUCCAAGCCCUUGGAGGGCACCGGGCUAGCCACAAGAAGCCGAGAACGGACAUCGAAAAGACAAAAUCGCCCCUCGCGACUCCGAAGCGUAGCCCCUCCGAAGAAGGGCAGAAUUGUCAGACCAAGAUCUCCGGCCUAACCCUAAUCUCAUCACCGGCAAGUGACAGCAACAACAACAACAACAAGCCAAGCAAAGUUCACGAGUGUUCGAUCUGUGGAUCGGAGUUUACUUCCGGUCAAGCCCUCGGCGGCCACAUGAGGCGGCACAGGGCUGCCACGUCAGCAGAAGCCGCCGGAGAGGGGGGUAAUAAUCCGGUGGGUGCGAGGGCAGGG